AAAUGCUCAUUGAAAUUUACGAUUAUGCUGCGAAAUUAUUAAACAAUAUGACCGCAACAACAGCAACAAUCAUUAAUAAUCUGGCCAGCAGGCGGGCAGCUCCAACUCCAGCUGACGGCGAGGCGGAGAGUCCAAAUCCCAGGACGACCACAAAUCUAACGUCCAAGCUGCUGCAGGCAACGACGGGCAACAUGAAGGCGCUGCUAAACCGCACGCUGGCCACAAUGGGCGGUCAGCACAGCGCCAGAUUGACCACCCUCUUGCUCCAUGGCGGCCUUGGCGCCGAUGUGACUGCCGGACAGCGCAUUAGGCAUUCGCCCAACAAUGGACAUGGCGAUGGCGAUGGCGAUGGCGCUGGGCAUGCCAAUGCCAAUGCCAGCAUUAACGGCAGCGAACCGAAUAUGUACAAUGCAUUUAGCGAGACGCCCGGCUUCAUUGAGUCGUCAUCAACGGCGGCCAGCACGGUGCUGAGCAGCGCCAUCACCAAUCUGCCGGAGGCAACUGGGCCGGCCGUUACGUUUCCAGCCCAGACGAUGGCCACCUUCAUUGCGGCCGGCAACAAGAAUCGGGCCGCCACCAUUUACAUUUAUCCAACGGUUUCACCCGAAUCGAUUGUCAUUCCGAUCGUUUCGUGCAUCUUCGGAUUUCCCAUACUGGCGCUGAUUGUCAUCUGCUGCUUGAGACGGCGCGCCAAGCUGGCCAGGGAGCGGGACAGGCGACGCAACUAUGAUAUGCAGGACCAUGCUGUCAGCCUGGUCAGAUUUAGUCCAAUUCAUAGGCUUAAUUACCGAUCGUCGCGAGCUAUCAGUCUACGUCCUGAACGAAGCCUAAGCCAGGGCUUCACCUCGCUGGAGCUGGACACGGUGCUGGAGGAGCGCUGCAGCGACGUGGAGCAGACGCAGACCGAAAUACUCAAUCCCGAAUCGCCCAUGGACACCAACUCCUACAAGAUGUCCUUCUCCUCGAGCUAACAGUUAGCAGCACAACAGCAGCAGCCGAAGACGAUGAUGAUGACGACGACGACGACGACGACAUUGUCGACAUUGUCGACCUUGUCGACAGCGCAGCCGCAGACAGCUGCGCUGGCCAUGCAGCAGCUGCAGCCGCGCACACCGUCGACGGCGCCGUCGUCGUCAACGCUGACGCCGCCGCUGCGCAAGGCGGGCAGCCUGCGCGAAUCGCACGAUGCCGCGGCGCUGGCCAAACGGCGCAGUCGCCUGCAGGAGCUGCGCGCCGCCAGCAGCAGCAGCCCGGCCAGCGAAGCAGCGCUCGCGUUUGGCGUCGGCAAGCGCGGCUCCAAACGGGAGCGUCGCCAUGCCGCAGGAAGCAGCAGCAGCAGCGGCAGCGCCAGUUCAGCAGCCACUGCCCUGCGCAAAUCUCAGUCGCUCGACGCAGCCGAGAGCUACUCGCUGGCCAGCAUACAGGCGCCGUUGUGGGUGACGCUCACCAAUGCGCGCACUAUCGAGGAACUGGCGCAGCAGAAGCUCUAAAAGAUGAAAGACACUCAAGAAGAAGCGAAAAAAACAUACAUACACACACAAACAUAUAUACAUACAUACAUAUAUAGAUCCACCAAUUGCCGAGGCUUGUGUUGUUGCCGCUGUUAAAUGUUAAUGUGGAGCUAACCCUCACCCUGCACCCCUGGCGCAUCUUGAAACGAAAUCCAACGGUUUUUCUUACAGCCCAAAUCCACCUUGUAAAUGUGUAAGCCAAUGUAAACAACAAAUAUAAAAGUAUUUAACAAUUUACAACAUUAGAAAAUGCAUACAUUUAAACUAAUGACCAAAAUUAGUCCAAAAUAAAACUGAAAUUAAACAAGAGCAUUUUCAUUUAUAACUGCCCAAUUCGCACUGUUAAGCUCAAUAUGGCAAUGUUAUAGCAAGACAC